AUGAGUGAAAUUCAACAAAGAAUCCCUCAUCAGGUUCAAACUCCUCCUGUUCCAAAUCAAGUCCUUUCUCCUCCAGUUCAUACUUCAUCUCAACCUCAAACUCAACCACCCGCUCAAAUCCCAUCAACUACUGCAGCCACCGUUACUACCUCCCCAUUUCAACAACCUGCUAAUCCAUCUUAUAGUCAACAUCCUCAACCUUCUUCCACUCAUUUAUCAUCUGUGGUUUCUUCAUCUCCUUCAACUUCAGCUUCUCCCCUUAAUCCAUCUACAUCUCCUGUAUCCAUAAAUAAACCAUCUCACCAACAAGAAUCUACUGAGAUAAAACAAAUUAAACAAGAAGUUGUAGAAAAGAAAUUGAUUCCACCUCCUCCUCAACCUUCAUCAACCAUCUCUAAUCAACCUUCAAAUCCGGUUCAUCCAAAUGCUAAAACUACAACUCAUGUAAAUAAUGGUACCACCACUACUAAAACCAAUAUUACAAGUCCUGUAUGUCGUAAUUGUAAAACUCAAACUACCCCACUUUGGAGAAGAGAUGAAACUGGUCAAGUCUUGUGUAAUGCUUGUGGAUUAUUUUUAAAAUUACAUGGUAGACCAAGACCAAUUAGUUUAAAGACUGAUACCAUCAAAUCAAGAAAUAGAAUUAAACUGCAAAAUGGUAAUGCUACUCCUAAUAGUCAAAAAUCUUCAGGUCCAAAUACUCCAGAAUUAAAAUCGAAGGAUUCCAAUAAUAAUUCAAUGAUUUUAGGUACUAAAUUAGGUAAUAAUAGUGGUAAGAAAUCUCCUAAAUCUUCGAAAAAACAUGGAAAAUCAAAUUCAACCAAUUCAAAUCCAAAUUUCGAUGCUUCAAAUCCAAAUCCUUCUUUAACUCCUUUAUUACCUGCUACCAAUACUCCAAAAUCAAUCUCAACUCCAAAUCAUUCCAGUAAUAAUACCUUCCCUCAUCCUUAUGCUAAUCAUCAUCCUCAUAAUUUACAUUUGCCUCCUCAUUUACAAUCAGUUUCAUCUCAUAUCGUUCAACCUUUACAUUAUCCAUCUUCAACUCCAACUCAAUUUGCUCCUGGUUCUUUGAGAAUAACUUCUCCUUUAUUAUUAUCGAACUCCCUGUCAAUAUCAAAUACAAGAACAAGUUCAGAUAAAAAUAUUAGUACCAUUCAACAAGCAGCUGGAGCUUUGGAAUUGAUGUCAAAUGAAUUGGGUCCAAGUGCAACUUUUAAAUAUAAUGAUGGUGGUAGAUCCGUUGCUGGUGUAUCAUUAAUGAGUGGUGGUGUGAAACGUGAAAUAAGUAAUGUUGGAUCAUCAGUUAAUUCUUCAACUAUCUUUUCAUCAGUUCAACAUCCUCCAAAAUUACCUGCUUUAGGUCAACCUCAUCAUCAACAGCAACAACAAUCAAAUUCAUCUCAUACAUCUCCAAGUUUCAAUGCUCAAUCAAGAUCAUCUACCCCAGUAUUAUCAUCAGUCCAUUCUCCUGUGUUGCCUCCUCUUCAUCAAACUUCAAAUUCAAAGGAUCCUUUAAGUGGAUUACCACCAUUCCCAGUAUUGAAUGCAACUAAUAGUACCGGAUAUGUCCCACCUCCAAAUCAAUCUUCUCAACAACAUCCGAACGAUAACAACAAUAAUAAUAAUAAUCAAAAUAACAAUAAUGAUAACAAUUACAACAACCACAACAACAAUAACAAUAACAACAAUAAUAAUAAUAACCAUAAUAAUGGUAAUCCAAUUUUAAGUCAACAUGAAAUCACCUUAUUAAAAACAAGAAUUUCUGAAUUAGAAUUGGUUAAUGAUUUAUAUAGAACCAGAAUUAUGGAAUUAGAAGCCAUGGAACAGGCUGCUAGAUUAAGAGAAAAUAGUAUGAGAAAAAGGUUAGAUGAAGUUUAUAAUUUAGGAAAUUUACCUGUUAAUAAUAAUUCUACUCCAGUUGCUGCUUCAAAGAGUGCUAGUCAAACUGCUGCUAAUGACGGUAAUACGAGUAAUAACGCUAUUCCAAUCCCAUCUUCAUCGUCUAGUAUCCCACCUCCUUCUACAGCUAAUAUGAGUACUUCAACUGUUAAUGCUCCACAACCUGCAUCUGGUUUGAACACUACUUAUGGUCCAUCUGGUUCUGUUUCUUCUAAUGUGUUGGCUCAAAUUAGAGCUGCCACAACUCCAAGUUCUGCUCAUCCUUCUGCUCAUUUACCUACUAGUAGUUUGAUUUAUUUAACUGGAGCUAAUCCAACCACUACUACACCAGCUGGUACUUCUAUCCAACAACAACAACAAUCUCAACCUCAACCACCAAAUUUCAAUCGUUAUGCUUUAAAUAGUCCAAUUGAAGCUAAUAAGAAUAGAUCAUCCUUACCAAUUCAUCAACUUACAUCUCCAAUCACAAGUCAUGCUCCUCCUUCUCAAAAUGCAGCUACUACUUUACCUUCGAUUAGAAAUGUCACUGAUUCAAAUCCAUCUAAUUCGAUUGUCUUACCUAGUUUGAAAAGAGAGAAUGAUGAUGAAUUGCAUGAUUCAAAGAAACCUAAAUUGAAUUGA